AUAGGCGAGUCAACAUACUCGAUAGCACCUACUACGGGAAGAAGCAGCACAUUACGCAAACAGUGCUUUGGUUUUACCUCAAUUGUUUACUGAAAAUGUCACUGCUCAACGCACUGUCCAGGUUGAGCCUACAGAGCAGCCCUGUUGCCACACGAUUCCUGCACAUAUCGCCAGUGCUGUGCGCUGAGCCGCUUAAGAAAAAAAAGAAACUUGACCCACAGGUCGUAAAACAGAGAGAGGACCGCAGGAAAAAGAAAAUCGAGAAGCAGAUACGCAGGCUAGAGAAGAAUGCGCGCCAAUUGAAGCCGGUGGAGGAGCUGGAAGUGCCCUUGGACUUAAUUGACAACAAGGCGAAACGGGAACGAAAGCUUACACCUCUGGGAACUGCGGAGCUGGAGCAGCGUGCACUUCUUAAAAAAGAAUGGGCGCGUUACAAGCACGAUGAAAAGGUUGCGGAUUUCCAAAUCAUUGAUCGUUUGGUGCAGUCCCAAAAUAAAGCACUCGAAGAGCUUCGUCGUGAGUCUGAGGAACUUUAUCAAGCGGCCAUAGAAGUGGACAUGAAACUGCUGCCAGUAUCGGUGAAAGGGCCAGUUGCAACGCCCCCUAUCAAGAAUUAUGUGAGCCCAGAUGGCGAUUAUGUACACCAAGCUAUGAAAUGGGAAUAGACAGAGGGUAAAGUAAUUUGUUUGAUUAGAUGCUUAAAUUUGUUACAUUGUUUAAAAUCAAUUCAAAAUAAAUGUAAAUUAAUGACACUGA